AUGGCCGCACGGGGCACGCCGGGACUUGUAGUCCAUCCAUCGGACGUGACGGGGCGGGCGCGCCCUCCCAUUGGCCGCUGCCCGCGCGAGGGCGCGCGGCGGAAGUGUCGCGGGCCCGGCACGUGGGGCCGUUGGGCGGCGGCUUUGAACGGGGCGGGGCCGGGCCGGGCCAUGGAGUCGGCGGCGGGCGGGCAGCGGGCGCUGCUGCGGCAGGUGCUGGGCUGGCGAGUGGCCGCCGCUGUCACCUGGUCCGUGGUGCUUCUGCCUGUGUGCACAGCGGCCUUCAUCGUCCUCAGCGGCCUCGACCUGCUCCACCCGGUGCGCUGGAUCUCGAAUUCUUUCAAUGAUUUGUAUACUUCCUACGUCAUCUUUUGUAUCCUCCUCAUGUCUGUGGUGCUAAUUGUAAUCAGCAUCUUCAAUGUUGAAUUUUAUGCAGUUGUGCCAUCGAUACCAUGCUCUCGAUUAGCACUGAUAGGAAAAAUUAUUCACCCUCAGCAAGUCAUCCAUUCUUUUGUUCAUGCUGUAAUGGGAAUGCUGGUGGCUUGGUGUGCUACAGUUAUGACAAAAGGCAGGUUCAAGUUUCUUGCUGUGUCCUGCACGCCUUCAGAAAGCCUAGAUGAUGCUACUCCUCAGAUGUGCCUAAAUGAGUAUCACCUCUUCUUUCUACUUUCUGGAACUUUCUUGGGAUACAGUUAUAGCCUUUUCUAUCUUAUCAACAAUAUGAAUUAUUUGCCAUUUCCAAUCAUACAGCAAUACAAGUAUCUACGUUUCAGAAGAUCUUUGCCUCUCCUGAUCAAACACAGUUGUGUGGAAUCAUUAUAUUUUGUUAGAAACUUCUUUGUUGCAUAUUACUUUUUUGGUUAUAUCCCAAAGGUAUGGAUAUGUACCACAAUGGAUCUUCAUAUAGACAGUAAAUUGCAUCCUCUUGACACUCUGAGUGGCUUAUUGGAUCUCUCCUUGUUUUACCAUACCUGGUUGAGUGGUGUGUUUCUUCUGAUGACCUGGUACAUUGCAUGGCUGCUCUUCAAAAUCUAUGCUACAGAGACUCAUCAUUUUCCUGUCCAGCCAACAUUUGCUGAGGAGACAGACCAGUGCCUGCCAAAAAUCUUAAACAGCAAUCCUCCCCUCCUUAUAAAGUUUUUAGCCUUACAAGACUUGAUGUUACUUUCCCAGUACUCCCCUGUUCGACGACAGGAAGUCUUUAGCCUUAGUCAACCAGGUGGGCACCCACACAACUGGACUGCAAUAUCAAGGGAGUGUUUGAGUCUUCUGAGUGAUCUGACCCAGAGGCUGAUCGCACAGCAGGAAGCUGCAGCAGCAAACGGGAGAGCAAAGCAGCCAGUGGGGGAGCUGAAAGUACCUCCACAGACUCCAGGAGCUGUUGGGACAGAAGACGUGUCUUUCCAGUCACAGAGGUCUAACAUUGUUCUCAGAGCCACCAUGUCUCCACUGGUUAAACCGUCCCUAAUGCCUCUGAAGACAUCUCCUGGGUCUGACAUUGGUUCACCCUUCAGCUCACCUGCUGUAAAUUGCAAGAAGGGAGUUAUGGAUCUAAAUUCCUCUUGGCAUGGACCGCUCCAAAGUCCCCUUGUUAUGAGAAGGGGACCAAAGCUGUGGACAUCAGUUUCAGAUCAUCAAAUGAAUGGUUCCCACCAUGAGUCCUUCCCAGUGCUCUCUGCUGCAAAAGCUGGCAGCGAGGCAGUACAGCCCAAAUUUAUUUACACAUGGCUUCAGAACAAGCAAGAACAGAUAAAAAACUUCUUGUCCAGACGGGCACUGAUAAUGUAUUUCUUCAGUAAGCACCCAGAAGCCUCCAUCCAGGCUGUCUUCUCUGAUGCCCAAAUGCAUAUCUGGGCUUUGGAAGGUCUGUCUCACUUGGUAGCAGCCUCCUUCACUGAAGACCAGUUUGGAGUUGUCCAAACUACACUGCCAGCUAUCCUGAAUACUUUACUGACUCUUCAGGAGGUUGUAGACAGACAUUUCAAACUGCCACAUGUUUCUAGCAAGCCCCCCCGGGUCUCAGGGAGUCUGGUGGACACAUCCUACAAAACACUACGGUUUGCACUUAGAGCAUCUCUGAAGACAGCACUGUACAGGAUAACUACUGUCUUUGGAGAACACUUAAAUGCAGUGCAAGUGUCUACAGAACAUAAGAAAAGACUUCAGCAAUUCUUGGAAUACAAAGAAUAAAUAACAGAUUUUGAUGCAGCUACGGUUGGGUUUUUCCAAGACUCUUGCUAAGAAGAAAGUGAGACUAAUGAGUCUUUUUAUUUUGGCUUUUUGGAAAAGCAUAUGGAAGUACAAGUUGCAGAACAAAACUUUUAGAAGUGUAGAAGAGCUCUUAGGGGUUUGGAUCAUCUUUUGUAUAAUAAAACUUGUAAAAUUCA